AUGAUGCGCCAGAUGCGCUUACUUUUGGUUGUUUCCUACAUCGCGGCUGUUAAGACCACAGCCUUGACAGAUGAGUGGUCUACGCCUGUCGCCCUAGACGUUGUAAGCGAUGCCCAGGAUCAGACAAAUUUUACAGUUGAUCCUCCGUGCGAAGAAGGUAAGACGCAGUCUCCAUGUCGUGGAGACACAAUGAUGGAUAUGCUGCUUGACGUUGUUGGCUUCACCCCUCGCGAUGUGAUGACUUUUGCUGGUGCAGUGACAUUCUUUUCGCUACGGCCAUUGGUCAAGUUCGCUAGUGAUAGCAUGAGGUGCCGUCAUGUGUGA